AUGGUUUGUUUCAUUUUUCAAUCAAUAAAUAUAAUGCCUUAUAAUAAAUUUAACAUUUAUAUGCUUGUAGGUUUAUUUGAUAAAUAUAAGAAAAUAUUUGAAGAAUAUAAUGAAAAAACUUAUUUUAAUCCUCAAACAUUAUGUAAAGCUUUCGAAGAUGAUUACGGUAAUAAUGAAAAUUUUCUUCACAUCUGCCAAAGAGGAUCAUAUUUUUUAGGUAAACUGGAAAAAGAUAAAUUGAGUCAAAAUAUAUAUGUAGGUUGUAUAUACUUAUAUUUUUGGUUAUAUGAUUACAAACAUACGAAUAAUUAUAAUGUGGAUAUGAAAAAUCUUUAUGAUAUCGUGCUUACUGUAUCUAAUAGUAUUACCGUAGAAAACAUAUGCCAGCAUUAUAAGAAUUAUCUUAACGACAAUAUAUAUCAAAAGCUUAAAGAUAUUUAUGAUUUGAAUAUUAAGCUUAUGAAAUUCUUAAAUGAAAAUUAUGAACAUUCUAAUGUUAAUAAAUGUAAAUUUGCUAAGGAGUUCGCUCAAUUGUACAUGAGAUACGAGAAUAUAUGUUCACAAAAUAAUUACCCUGAUUUCUGUAAUGCAUUAAAAAAUGCUAAAAUGCAAUACAGUGAUGAAAUGAAUAAGAUAACAUGUGAUAAUUUUGAAUAUAAAUUUUUACCCACCUUUCAAAUACAUAAUAAAUCAUUUCCUAAAUUGACUACAAUUAUUGGAUUUUUUAUAAUGCCUUUCUUUUUAUUUAUUUUAUAUAAGUUCACCCCAUUUGGUUCACUCCUGCGCUGUGAGAUUCUAAAGAAAAGGAAUGAGUGGAAUAAUAAAAAUAAGGAAUGGAAUAUUAAGCAAUCAUUUGAAAUAUCCAACAGUGUUUCAAGGGAUGGAAUAUAUAAUGUAUUAUAUAAUUCAUCUUAA